AUGCGAUCCAAGGAUGGGAAUGACGAUGGACUGGCGGAAGACGGUGUCGGACAAGCUGAUGAGCGCCGCCGAGGCGGUGCGGCGGUCAAGUCGGGAGACGUAGUCGCCAUCUCCGCAAUCAACUGCACUCCAUUCACGCUUUGCCGGGCCCUGUACGACCGGCGGUCUGAACUUGGCGAUGUCCGCAUAGACCACCCGGCUCCCCUCUUCCCUUGGGUGCAGCAGGGUGAUGAGGGCGCCUUUACGCUGCACGAUCUGUACGCGACCCCGGCAGACCGGCAGAUGGCGAAUGCCGGCAGGGUUGAAUAUCGCCCCGUAGCCCGGUGGCGUUCCGACCUCCCGCCCGAUGGAUUCGUGGAGCGGCCCGACGUGUACAUGCUGCCGGUAUCGCCUCCUGACCGGCAUGGAUAUUGCAGCUUUGGGCCGGGAGUCUUCUUCUCACCGUCCUUGUGUCGGAACGCCGCCAUGGUGAUCGCCGAGGUCCACGAGAACUUCAUCCGCACGGGCGGAGACAACUACGUCCACGUCUCGCAACUCGACCGGCUGUGCGAGGCGGCUGCGCCAACCGGAUCACUGCCCGUGGCUUCCCGAUCUGAGGAGGAAAGCCUCGUCACCGAGGUGAUCGGGACGCUGGUGGCAGCGGAACUGGUCAAUGAUCGGGACACAGUCCAGAUAGGUAUCGGCACUGUCGCCUCGGCGAUGGGGGCGUUCCUGGGUGAAAAGCAGGACCUGGGGAUACAGACUGAGAUCAUCACCGGCGGUGUGGUGGCCGAACUGGUGAGUCAGGGUGUCGUGACCGGCAAAUACAAGACGCGACACCAGGGCAAGGUGGUGGCCAGCAUAGCACUGGUGCCCGAGGACGAGCUGGCCAUUAUUGACGGUAACCCUGUCUUCGAGCUCUACGAGUUCGGUUACGUCGAUGACGUCCGGUACCUGUUGCAACAGGACAACCUGGUCGCCAUCAACAACGCCCUCCAGAUAGACCUGACCGGGCAGGUGGCCGCCGAGACCAUCGGCAGCAUGAUCUGGAGUGGCGUCGGUGGUCAGACAGCGUUUGCCAUUGCGCGGCCAACUACUCCAAUGGGGGCCGCUCCAUCACCGUCCUGCCCUCAACCAGCCUGGUGGAGGGAGAACGGGUGUCGCGCAUAG